AUGAGCAGUUAUCAUUUCCGCUCGAUUUCAGCAAUUGCAAAUAAGAAUAUGCCUCGUACUUUUGGUGAUUCGGUAAUCCACCAGAGCCAUAUCGAUGUGAUGAUCGAAAAGGAUUACCCUUUGCACGAACGACAUUUCGGCGGAGCUGCAUCACCGGAGGAGAAGAAAAUCGGCGAGAUCAUCGCGAACAAUCUUGUGGACAACGGCGCCACACUUCAGAUGGGUAUCGGUGCGAUACCUGAUGCUGCACUGGCAGCGCUUGGUGAUCACAAGGAUCUUGGAAUUCAUACGGAAAUGUUCUCGGAUGGUAUACUGAAGCUCGUCGAAUGCAAUGCCAUCACAAAUUCAAAGAAAGAACUCCAUCCUGGAAAAUUGGUUGUCUCAUUCGUUUACGGAUCAAAUACGUUGUACAAAUUUUUGAACGACAAUCCGAGUGUUUUUUUCGGUGAUGUAACCUGGGUAAAUGACCCAACGAUAAUACGGAUGAUGCCCAAAAUGACUGCAAUCAAUUCAGCUGUCGAAAUCGAUCUAACCGGACAAGUGGUUGCGGACUCUGUGGGCCGUCGCUUCUUGUCUGGUUUUGGUGGUCAAGUGGAUUUCAUCCGUGGUGCUGCAAUUGGUAAUGAU